UUCAAGAAGCACUUUGUCCCUCGAAUUUUGUCGAAGAUGUCGUUACGCAGUUUAAUUUUAGUUUGUUUGUGUGUAGGCACCAGUUAUGGAGACGUCUACGACUAUUUUACGGCUGAACCCGUAUCCAAAUCACAAUUGAGGUUCUAUGAAAAUGAAGGUGUGACUGAUACUUGUACCAUUGACAUCAAACCAUGUUCUGCAAACGAGCCAAGACGAGUAGACGGAUCAUGUGUCAGUCUGAAGAAGCCUGGAAAGGGAACAUACUUCACGCCCAUGAAGAGAAUACUGCCUGCCAAUUACCAUAACGAAUACUUCCCAAGGCUAGCGCAAUCUGGUGAUGAACUGCCUCUGGCUAGAACCGUCCGUCUCAACCUGGUUAACGAAGGGAAAUCUUCCAAUCUGGACUUCAACCAUCAUUAUACUGGUUUCGGUACAUUCUUAUUCAGUGACAUAGGAUCCGUUCACGAUGCUGAAAACAUGUUGCUUGAGACCACAUACUGUUGUGAGGAGGAACACUGGAAUGACUACGAAUGUACUCCUAAUCUCUUGACUCCUGACGACCCUGUACACAGAUUCACAGGCAUCAAAUGCAUGAACAGCACCAGACCUUUAACUUACCAGGACUACAAGUGUACUAAGGAUACCGUGCGUGCUCCUAUAAAAAAAGCAACUACCAUGUUCGAUUUGUCCCAACUUUACAAUGCGAACAAUAAAGGCGACAAAGCUGUCAGAUCUUUCGUCAAUGGGCAACUAGCAGUAGAAGAGGAAGACGGCCACAUAUACCCACCAAGCAGUCCAGACGCAGACUGUCCUAACAACCAAGGCAACGAAACAAGAUGCUUUGCCAACUACUUUAACAACUUGUUGCCAAACGCACUGUACGUGAUCUGGUUUGUACGUCACCACAACUACAUAGCUAGCAAACUCGCUGAACUCAACCCAUGCUGGAGUGACGACAAAUUAUUUACCGUUGCUAAAGACAUUAACAUUGCCUAUUAUCUACAAAUUUUCUUAUACGAAUGGUUACCACUCCUUGAAGGUCGUGACAAUCUCAUUAAGGCUGGUAUUAUAAACAAGUACAAUGGAUUCAGGGACUUGUAUGAUGAAGAUGAGAGUCCUGAAGUAACAUUGGAAUUUACUUACGCUUUUCGUUGGUUCCAUUUGUUGCAGCCUACUACUGCGAAGUUCUAUGACAGACAUGGUAACUUCAUCAAGGACUACCCACUACUAAACGCUACUUUCCACACCGGAUUUGUUACACUAGGUGAUAAUAUUGAAUACUUCACCCAAAGUAUGAUCAGAGCUGGAUGUCGUGCUUAUGACAGUACCAUUGAUUACGAUUUGGCCCAUCGCGGUUUCCCUGGCGUACAACUGAGUAUUGACGCUCCAGCUGGAGAUUUGAACAAGGGUCGUAACCUUGGUGUGGCUCCUUACGUCGAAUAUAUCAAACAUUUCACUGGCAUGGACGUCAAGUGCUUCGACGAUUUGGCUCCUUUCAUCCCACCAGGCAAAAUUUUCCUAUUGAAACAAGUAUAUGGUCAUGUGAAAGACGUAGAUUUAUUAGCUGCUAUGUGGAUUGAGAAGACGAUGGAAGGUGGUCACAUUCCUCUUACGUUCGCCAACAUUAUCAAUGACAAUAUCAUGAGGGCUCUGAAGAGUGACAGACAUUGGUAUGAAAGACCAAACAGGCCUGAUGCCUUCACUAGAGCUCAACUUAACGAGAUUAGGAAGGCCUCCGUAGCUCGUCUGCUGUGUGAUGUCGGUGAUGGUAUCUAUGAAGUUCCCAAAAACGCCAUCUUCAACAUUUCACCUAAGAACCCAAUGGUUAGUUGCAAAAAAGUCAAGGGUAUGGACUUCAGUGCUUGGGCCGAUGACACAUGCCAAAGCAGUAAUGAAAUGAAAUAUUAGUUCAUUUGGUUAAAUCUAUUUUAAAGCUACAUUGUUCCUGUUUUUUUUAUCGAUUUACAAUAAAAAUGUAAACUUUAA